AACAUUCGCUUCCUGGCCAACUCGAAAGGCUGAACCAUCGACGCACGGAGUUGACGAGUCACGAUAAUAUCCCGGCACCAGAUUCAAAUGCCACGCGAUGCUGAAUUCCAAGUUGUAGUUCUGGUCCCCAACUAUUUCGUCACUCCUAUCCUAUAUAUGGUCCUUUUAUCCAACCGCGCUAAAUGGCCCUUGCUGCCGAUGGUGAUUUUUUUUUGGAUGCCAGCCCACUUGAUCGAGCGCGGACACAUCCUAGAUAUGUAGGCACGGAAAAACUCUGAUUUUGGCAAGUUUGGAUCUCAUCCGUACUUACGUUGCAUUCUAUCAUUUAUCAUAUGGAAUGGCGUUGUCUGCGCUUGCGCUGCAGGGCUUGAUUGGACUGUCGAUAGUAGAUCAUCGAUCAGGGUGACGUUGGGUACAAUUGCCCGAGACAUCAUUAGGCCGCCAUCAAUCUAUACCUGUCCAUAGUGACUUUGUUCACCGUGCUGAGCGGCGCUGCUGCAAUUUCGGGAUGGGUCAGUUACUGUGUUCCAACUGCUGUGCGUUUUACGGAUAAGGUGGCGAUUGCAAACAAACAACACGACUUUCAAGGCACUGAGAGAAGCCGUACGAGGUGGCUUGGGAGGGUUAUGAAUGGACGAAACAAAAGACAGUGCUUCGAUAUAUGUGACUGGCUGUAUUCCGAGAAAAGUUGACGAGCCCCGUGGAGGCAGCCAUGCCUUAACGAGUUC